AUGGCGACCGUUGAUAUUCCCGAGGAAGGCACGUUCCUCGACACCUUCAAGGCGUCAUUUGUCACUGUCCCAGUCGACGCCGAGAACGGGAAUGCCAUCUCGACAACCGAGUUCCUCGAUGCCGCCGAGUCUCUGGUGACCAUGUUUGACGUGCUCGGCAGCGUUGCCUUUAAACCCGUUAAGAACGACAUGCUGGGCAACGUUCAGAAAAUCCGAACCCGGCAGCUCGCCGCACCCCUCGAGUCCGAAAACCUGCAAGACCUUGUCCGGAAUGAGCUCGCAACGAAAUCCCACAAGGCCACCGAGGGUCUGGUCUGGCUUGUCAGAGGCCUCGAGUUCACGUGCAUUGCCCUGACCCAGAACUUGGAGAAGUCGGAUGAGGAACUUUCCGACUCCUUUCGCGGCGCCUACGGUCAGACCCUCAAGCCGCAUCACAGCUUCUUGGUAAAGCCGAUAUUCAGCGCCGCCAUGAGCGCUUGCCCGUACCGGAAGGACUUCUACGCCAAGCUCGGCCCUAACAAGGAAAAAGUCGAUUCGGAACUCCAAGAGUACCUGGCCGCUCUCGAGAAGAUCGUGGCCAUCCUCAAGGAGUUCUUAGCCACCCCAGAGGCCAAAUACUAG